GGCUUCUUAAAAAUCAGGUAAACAACAACUAAACAGUUGGAGAAUUAACGAAGAACAACGAAGAGACUCAAGACGAUCAUCAUCUCAAGAUUAUUAAAUAGACGCAAAGUAUGGGUUACUGGAAAUCAAGGGUUGUUCCAACAAUAAAGAAAUUGUUCGAGAGAAGCCCAACAAAGAAAGUUGUCGUUGUUGAGGCUAGUAAGAGCUUAACCUUUGAUGAUUCUAAGGAAGCAAUAAACAAGGAGAUUGAGGAGAAGAGGACCGAACUGGAAGCCAAGGUCGUGGAAAUCUACGAAGCCACGUCUGCUGAAUUCAAGGCCUUGGUGAGGGAGCCUAUGGAGGACGGGUUAACGAAACACUCUGCCGAAGUGCACAAAUUCCUGGAGGCACUUGUAGAAAUUGGAUUUCCCGGAUCAAAGGCUGCAUGUGACACUUCGCCAACCAGUUCCGGACCAGUAAUCUUCAUAUUUGAGAAAGUAUGUUUGUUUCUCCCGGCGGCGGAAAAGUCACGAGAGGUAGAAGUUGUGGAUGGAGUCGUGAAAACUGAUGAAACUUCCAAGGAAGAGGGAACUACAAAUAGUGUGAAAGAGAUAGAAAUAGAAGAAGAGAAGAAAGAAGAGAUUAAACCGAUAGUGGUUCCUGCUCCCGUGGCUGUGGAGGAGAAAAAGCUAGCCGUGGAAGAGGAGAAGAAGGUGGCGGUAGAAGAGAAGAAGCCAGCCGUGAAAGAGGAAAAGAAGGCGAUGGUAGAAGAGAAGAAACCAGCAUUGGUAGAGGAGAAGAAGCCAGUGGAGGAAAAGAAAGCCGUCGUGGAAGAGGAGAAGAAGGCGGCAGUGGAGGAGAAGAAGCCAGCCGUGGAAGACAAGAAAGAAGUUGUUGCCCCAGCACCAGUAGCUGAAAGUCCAUCCACCAAGGUCACAGAAGCUCCAGUGGUUGUAACUCCGGCCAAGGCUCCAGAAACUCUUGCGGCUGCGCCACAAAAAGCUUGAAUUGUUUUCUGAUACAUUUCUUUAAGAAAAUAUUGCUUGUCUUGUGUUGUGUCGAUGAUUUUUUUUCUUUUUUUUGUGUCGAUGAUUUAUUUUGUUUGCUUAAUAUAUUUAUUAUCCAUGUAACUUUUCUAUACAUUAAAUUGCUUGCUUGAAUUAAACGUUUUAUGAUCGCAUUCUAA